GCCGCAGCCCCGGCCUGGCAUAGCCGUGGAGCGUCGGAGGGGCUCGUCCAGGGCUUGAGGCGUCGAUCCGGCUCCCCAGCAAGGCAGGCAGGCGGGCGCGAGGAGGGGCAGGGAGGAAGAGCCUCCUCCCCGGCGGGGGCAAAAGAGGCGAUUCCUUUUCUUAACGGGAAACCGAGAGGGGAGGAUGGGCUGAGGGGGAGCCCUCUUUCCGUUCCGAACGCCCGUUCCUGGUCCUGGUUCACUGCGUAGAAGCCCUCCAGAUCCUUCCCCCAAAGGAAGCAAUGGCUGAAUCUUCUGCAAUUGGCAACUUAACGUUGGCUGAACCACUUCUUAAAAAGGUGUCAAACUGUAACAGCGAAGGUGCAUCACCAUCCCAGGAACAUCUGUCAGCCUACAAACCAGAACCACUCUGGGUAGACAAAAACCCUGCAAUACUGCCACCAGACAGCACGGGCAAAGAAUACUCUAAGAGUAGUACCAUCUAUAGCCUGGGUGCCAAUCAGUGUUUCCACUGCUUGAUUACCUUCCCUGAUGAGAAAUUCAAGGAACGGCACAUGAAGCGAGAACAUCCGGAGGACUUUGUUCAGGCCAAUUUGCGGGAUGCCCUUUUUGUCUGCUUCAUUUGUAACAAGGCUUUUGAGAGUUCCCGGGCGCUCAUCUGCCAUCAGCGAGGCCAUGCUCGGGCCUCACCCUCUGAUUGCAGUGACUGUCUGCGCCCCACCUUCAACUGUCCUGAUUGUGGCCGCCGCUUUGGCCAGCUAGCCAACUACCAGCAUCACCGCCUAGGCCAUGCUGCUGGCCACAGCUUGCCUCAUCGGUGCCCCGACUGUGGCAAGAGUUUUCGACAGCUUUCAAACCUGCGUCGACACGAGGCUUUCCACCGGCAGACCCAGGAAUUGCUGCCCUCCCGGCCCUAUUCCUGCACGGAGUGUGGGGAGGGCUUUGACCAGGAGGCAGACCUGCAUGAGCACUACAUCCGCCAUGCUCGCGGGGAGCUCUAGCAGUAGCACUAGCGAAUCCCUCGGCUUCCCAAGUCUGGGUGGAAAAUGGAAGGCGGUGGGGACUAUUGCAUGAGCUGCAGAGCCAGAUUCCUUUCUUUCGGGGAAAUAGCGAGCAAAGUCGUUUGUCUGUUGGAAAUGCCGCGGCUGGUUUUUCUCCACUUAGAGAGACGGCUCAGAAUCUGUAAAGAAGCGUUUCCCUAACCUAAUGAUGGAAAAAGGAAUGUUCGUAGUUGGAGAUACUGUCUUCCUCCUAAUGCUCUGUCAGGUUUUUUAUGACUGUCAAAGGGCUCUCAAAUCCUGACUGGCUUCCGUGCAGCAAUUUUUUUCCCUUAGCCAUCAAAAUCCCCCCCUUUUUUUCUUUUAGAAAAUGAAAACGUUUGCAUUUUCUGCAGGGAACUGAUUUGUGCUGCUCUAAAAGGCAAGGAAGAAUGAUCAUUCUGAAGGGCACAGGAUGCGAAUUCUCUACUGGGUGUAGCUUUGAUUGCUGACUGUAAACGUAGAUGUAUCAUUUGAUACGGAGAGCAGGUUCCUGUUUUUCAGCUCCUAUUAUACAAAGUUUAAAUCUGUUGAAAUCAUGUUAUUGCAGUGGAGAGCUACGUAACAGCCUAGCCAGGAGGGUACAUCAGUCUACUGAUUUUUUUGUACCUUAUUGCUAAAUAAAAUGCAGUGCGUUCUGCAAAGCAAAAGGUCGCUUGCAUGCAUAGCUUGAGUAUAAUAUUCCAGCAAUAUAGUUGCAGGUCUUUCAGGAUGUAAAAUUGCUGCAGAUUUUAGUUAUUUUUUUUAAGUAUGCACAACAUUAAUUGAGGAUCAAAGCUUGGAGUGAGCCCCCUGAGAUGAAAAUAUGCAUAUUGUUGAAUUCUGUACUUAUUGAGAAUAUUGUUAAAAAUGCCUAAGUCUUGCUGUAGAGAACAAUCAGAAAUGUGAACCAAAAAAAUCCUACACCCUUUCAGGAGUUCCAUCAGUGCAAGUAACCUUGGGUUAUAAAAUUAAGGAGCCCUGGGAACUGUAAUUCUCAGAGUCACCCUGCAUCCUUACAAAACUGCAUUCUCUAGCACCCUUUUGGUUAUUUAAAGCGAUUUAUGCUUUGAGAGAGGAGGAUAGUCCUUGUGAUCCUGAAAAUGGUAAAACUAACUUGAAAUUGUUUUUGCAGUGGUGAUAGUGAAUCUAGAUCAGUGUUUCUCAACCUUGGCCACUCUGAGAUGUGUGGACUUCAACUCCCAAAAUUCCCCAACCAGCCAUGCUUGUUGGGGAAUUCUGGGAGUUGAAGUCCACACAUCUUAAAGUGGCCAAGGUUGAGAAACACUGAUCUAGUUCUUAAAUGUGUGAGAUUGGCUCAGGACAAAGUAGAUCCAAUCAUUGGUCAGUUUGGUCCCAUGUGGGACUGGCUACUUCUACUAGCUGCAAUUCUCUGCUUUUUCAAGGUGGAUGAUUAUUCUGGGCAAAAGAUUUUUUAAAAUUGAAUUUGCUGUAGAUUGUGUUUGAGGCCUUUUGCACGUAAAGUACAUGUUCCGCAAGUGAAUGGUGAUUCAUACAUGAACUCCUGUAUCUUUCUGGGUUAUAUUUCCUGGCACUUUAUUAUUUUUUAUUGCUAAAACACUGUAAUGAAAUACAAGAGAAGAGUAAGAAAAAGAAGAAAAAGAAUAACACUAAAUAUGAAUUAAAAGCAUUGUAAAAAGACUUUCUGGCAACUUUCUCCCCUUCUCUUCUAUCUGUGUCCCCAACUGCUAACUGCAGUUUAGCUAUCUGUACUUUACAUUAAACAUUAAAAAUUGUUACUGGUUUCUGUUUUAUCUUAGAAGCCAUAUUCCAGA